AUGGAGUACCGUACUCAAUCCACACUGCAAACUACAGCAAUCGACUAUCCACCAGGUACACACAUCUUGGCACUGUACAGAUCAACAAGGCCAAAUUACGACGCCCGUAGCGGCGACUUCUCCUCGGGCGUGAGGUGGACGGAUAACAGGACCUUCGGGGGGCGGGCGUACUUCGACGCCCAAGGCAGCCCGCCCGCGCUGACCCUCAACCCCGCCCGCGCCCUCGACGAGGGGCAGUACAUGUGCAGGAUCGACUAUAGGACGUCUUCGUCGACGAAUUCACUCGUCAACUUAAAUAUCAUAAUCUCCCCAGGACCUGCAACAAUCUUCUGGAAGGGGCGGGAGAUAGAGCAGGCCACAGUGGGCCCCCUUCAGGAGAACGCGAGGGCGAGUCUGACCUGUAGGAGCGCAGGAGGGAAGCCCAGUCCUACCAUUACCUGGAACUUUGGGAAGGAUGCCAUAGCUCCUACGGAUACCAAGUUCAAUUUUGAUCCGGUGACAGGUACAUAUACAGUGGAGUCCACCAUCACCGUCACUGCAGAGAGGGGCAUGGUAGGGCAUCGCCUGACUUGCUCUGCCCACACAUUCAUAGGCGGCCAAUCCCGCGAUGCCUCCAAUAAGCCGGUGGUCAGAUCUCGCAGUGCCUCAGUGUCUCUGGAUAUCAUACUUCCACCUCUGAAUGUCCAAAUCCUUGGCUCCGAGUCCUUGGUGGUUACAGCUGGCUCCGAGAUCAAAAUGUCGUGCCGAGCCUACGGGUCACAUCCGCCAGCAAAGAUCACCUGGUGGAAAGACGACGAACUACUGGAACCGUUUGUCAUGUACAGAGUAGGACCAGACGGCAACGCAACGGCGAUACUGAGGAUGAACGUGUCUGCGGAAGACGACAGAGGGCGCCUCACUUGCCAGGCCAGAAAUCCCUACCUUACUCUAGAACCUCUCUACGAUGUCACUCAACUUAUAGUCUACUACCCUCCCAAGGUCGUCCUUAGCCUGGGUCCACACUUGCAGGCAGACGACAUCAAGGAAGGGGACGACGUGUACUUUGAGUGUGACAUCAAGGCCAACCCAAGCUUCAACAAGGUCGAGUGGUUUCAUAAUGGAUCACCAUUAGUCCACGACCCAGUAAAAGGACUGGUCAUUAUAAGGCUCAGCUUGGUCCUUCGAGGGCUGCAGAGGUCAAGUUCAGGGUCCUACACCUGUGCUGCUACAAACCUACAGGGAAGGACUACCAGCAACGCCGUGUACCUCACUGUCAGGCACGCUCCAAUGUGCGCCGGCUCCACCCAGGAAAGAACCCAAGGAGCCACCAGGGGCUCCGAUGUCACUGUGAAGUGCACGGUUGAAGCGGAGCCCUCGCGUGACCUUGCCUGGUCCUGGGUCAAGAUCCGCGAGGACGCCAACGAAGAAGAAGCCCUGGAGGGAGGUCGGGUCACCAGCCACGACCUCUCCUCCAGCGUUUCGUUCGUGCCCAGGACGCAAGACGACUACGGCAGGAUCCUCUGCAGGGCCACGAACGCCGUGGGCACUCAGCGGAAGGCCUGCGUCGUCAAUCUGGUGCCCGCUGGCCCGCCUGAUCCGCCCUACAACUGCUCGGCCACGCCCAUGGAGACCGAGGUCGCCAACAGUGUGACCUCGGAGCCGAGUCUCGAGGUCAGCUUGUCCAUCACCUGCCAUGGGAGGGCUUUUGAUGGGGGGGGCUGGGGCUUAGGGGGCUUUGGGGCAUGGGGGCGGGGGGGGGGCUCCCUCAGGAGUUUCUGA